CCACGCACCAGCGCGAGAGCCGCAAGGCGAAAACACCUGCUAGUCUAGCAGCCGGCAGAGAGGAGUACGCACCUCUGCAGCCGAGUCCGGAGUCCGUGGAGCGACACUCGCGCGCGCGCUGUCCCGUUAGCGGCUGACAAAAUGGAACCUCCAGCCGAUAAAUCAGGGUCCUGGUUACGUAGAAUAAAUGAGGCGGUGCCGGCGCGGUUGAUCGUCGCCAUCCAGUGCUUCCUCGGCACGUGGUGCACCUACAUGCUCCGGGUCAACCUGAGCCUGGUGCUGCUCGCCAUGGUGCACCCCUCCAGGACCGAGGAGCCCGUGGAGCCCCGCGACAUCUUCCUGCUGCCGGCCUCCGCGGACAACCUGACCACAGCCUACUCGGAGGCCCCCCUGCCAGACUAUGGGCCACGGUACAGCUGGUCGCAGACGGCACAGGGCCACGUGCUGUCAGCCUACUUCUACGGCUCGGUGGUGGCACACAUCCCUGGUGGGAUGUUGGCCGAGCUGCUGGGCCCACGGCUAGUGGUGGGUGUCACGUCGCUGGCUGGUGCUGUCCUCACCAUCCUCUGCCCGCUCGCGGCUGAUGCUGGGGUCGGCUGGCUCUUUGCUGCCCGCCUGUUCAUUGGCGUCUGUGGGGGCCCUUUGUACCCGUCACUGCACGCUCUGGUGGCGCAAUGGGGACCGCCACAGGAGAAGGGCAAGUUCGUCUGGAGUAUGCUCGGAGGGACCUUCGGCACGGUGGUGACGUGGCCCAUCUGCUCGGCCAUUAUCGAGGCCCUGGGGUGGAAGGCGAGCUUCUACAUCCUCGGCGGCAUCGUGGGCGUCUGGACCAUCCUGUGGUUCGUGACGGUGUACGACUCUCCCGCCAGACACCCCCGCAUCUCGCCCGACGAGUUGACCUACAUCACCACCAGCAUCGCGGAUACCGUCUCCACGGAGAAGAGGGUGCUGCCGUUCUUGUCGGUGAUAACUUCCUGUCCGUUCCUGGCGCUGGUGGCACUGCACUUCGGCAAUCUGGGAGGACUCUUCUUCCUGAUGACUGAAGGACCCAAGUACAUGUCUGAAGUUCUCGGCUUCGACAUCAAACAGUCGGGAGGUUUCGCAAGUCUGCCGUACCUGAUGAGGCUGCUCUUUGGAGUAGUUUUCAGUUCUGUGGGCGACUGGAUUCUGUCCGACCCGUACAGAAACAAGACCGUGGUCCGAAAGCUGUUCGUCAUCCCAUCGCACUUCUUACCGGCUGUGAUGAUGGCUGGGAUGGGCUAUGUGGGGAAGAACGAGGCACUCGCCGUGGCGAUCCUGAGUCUGUCGCUGGGUCUGAACGGAGCUGCCACCGUCACCAGUCUUGCCAACCACCACGACCUCGCCCCCAACUACGCAGGAUCUCUGUACGGUAUAAUGAACGCAGUCGGCACAUGCACGGGUUUCAUCAUGCCGGCCAUGGUCGGGUACAUCUUAGAAGGAGGUAGUACCUUACAGCAGUGGCAAAUCAUCUUCUUCAUCGGGUCUGGGCUGUACCUCGUGAGCGGUCUCGUGUUUAUCUUCUUUGGCUCUGCUGAGACGCAGCCCUGGAACCUCAAGAAAAAGGAGGAAGCGACACCCUCUUGAUAUCUGCACCAAACACUGCACACUCUUUGCUGGACGCAGUGCCAGUACAAAGAUGCUGCUGUAGCAAUAAAGUUUUUGAAGUACA